CCCUCAACAGCAAUCAAUGUUAGAUAAGAGUCGCUUCGGCUGAACUACGUAGUGCUCCGUGUAAUCUGAAUAUUGCCACCUAAGUGAACCUUGAAUCCCUGCAUCACCGCAUCGCCGCAUCACAAGCUGAGACAGCUGCACGUAUAAUGACGUCAAGUUCCGCGUAUGAUGCGAAGAAUUCCCCGGAACGACUUCGUCAACGAAUUGUUAACCCAGCCUAUUGCAUGCCUGGGUUGAAGACUCCAAGGAUUGUGAUAUCUAACCAAUAUGGACCUGGACCUGCACUUAAACCAGCCCUGGUCUCUCUCGCACGGACUUUGGCUCUGUUCGACCUUCAACUCGUCAAGCGUGUCCAAAAGUUCCACCAAAAACCAUCUUCAUCUAUGGAUGAAACCCGCAAAGUUGAAGUUCUUCGUUUGCUAGAAGAUUGUAACGAUGUCAGACAGCAGUGGAGAGACAUCGACUCAGGCAAAUGUCAAUUCAGCGAGCUGUACAUGACGAAUGAUCUGUUGGUUCCGAUAUGGAAGGAAGGCUUGCGCGUUAUCAAAGAGGUCAUUGGAAGUAAAAAAGUUUCCAGCGAACAGUCAAACAAGCGGAAUGUCUUUGCGGGUAUUCUGUUAGAUUACGAGAGUCAAGCAGGGCGCCUGCAGGAACAAAUGGUUCAUGCCGCUGGUCAGGGUCUCUUCGAUCCAGUCUUUUUGAACCCAAUUCAAGAGCGCUGGCUGCGGCUGGACGAGACUAUAGAUCUACAUUAUAGAUUGUGUAAUCACGAUGCUGACGAGGAGUUCAGUUUUCGUCGUCAGUCACCCACAUGGCUUGAAGUUCAAAGCUUAGUACAGAAGGAGGCUAGAGAGGGAAAAGAUCGCAAAGAGCUUAUGCAAAACCAAAUUGCUGACAGGUCCUGGAACACAGCUGAGCCUGAUAGAACAGCCGGGUCAAAGAACGUGCGAGCUUCUAUUUCAGCGCUAGUAGUCUGCAGCUGUGCUAUAGCUCCCAUUCCGCUGUUCUGUUUUGGAUACACUGAUUCACAUCAUCUCCGAGGGACAACAAACGAUGCAGAUUUCUGGUUCCUCAUUGCAGCCACGUUGACCCAACUUCAAGGGCUAGCAGUUUCUGCACUUCUUGAACGGAGUCGUGGCUGCCUCCCAAAAUGGCGCUGGGUUAUUCCUGCUGCAUUUGCAGGAGCUUGUUCUAUCGUGGCAAUCCCCCUCUACCUUUACAUACCAACAGAGUGGAGCUCUCUUUUCUCUCUAGUUGCGGGAAUAAUCCAAGCCUUCUUGGUAUCGCAAUUCUUUCUUUUCUAGGUGUCCACAACUGGGAAAUCCUAGUAGCCCUCAGAAAGAAUGGAUUGCAUUCAAGAAAAGAGAGGGAGCUAACUGUGACAGCGUGAACAUCAAAGGAGUCUUAGGAGAGAGCUCGAUAGAAUUCUUACUACAGAGGUAGGUUGGAGUGAGAGGGAUAC